UGAACUACUUUAUCGUUCCCCGUUUCUGCUCCGAAAAUUAUUCGCGGAAGGCGGAGAGAGAGAGAGAGAGGGGAUGAGAGCGCAGGAAUCAUCAGGGUCUGUUAACGCCGGUAGCGCCGGCGGGGAGUCGACCACCUCACAGCCGUCGGCGGCUAGACGGUUCCCAUUCGCUGCACAACCGGAGAUCAUGAGGGCAGCAGAAAAGGAUGACCAGUACGCUUCUUAUGUUUACGAUGCCUGCCGUGACGCUUUCCGCCAUUUGUUUGGUGCAAGAGUUUCUGUAGCAUACCAGAGUGAGACAAAACUGCUGGGCCAGAUGCUUUAUUUUAUAUUGACAACAGGUUCAGGGAAGCAAACACUGGGGGAGGAAUACUGUGACAUCAUACAGGUUGCAGGUCGAUAUGGGCUUCCUCCAACACCAGCUAGGCGUGCUCUUUUCAUCGUGUACCAAACAGCAGUUCCUUAUCUUGCAGAAAGAAUUAGCUCUAGGGUGGCUGCACGUGGGAUCAUCCUCGCUGAUUCUCAGUCCGAUGAACUGUAUAAUAACAAUGAUACUGGGAAUAAUAUGGUUCAGUCUACUGGUGUCACUGAAAGCUUAUCUAACUCUGAUACGAGGGUAUCUUUUCUAAAUUUCUCGAGGUUGAAGGAGAAAUUCCAUAGGUUAUGGUUGUAUGCAGUCCAGAGAUGGCCAAUGGUACUUCCUUUUGCUCGUGAAUUUUUGCAAUUCCUUAUCCGUUCCAACCUCAUGUUUUUCUACUUUGAAGGUCUAUAUUAUCACAUAUCAAAACGUGCAGCUGGCAUUCGUUAUGUGUUCAUUGGCAAGUCAUUGAAUCAAAGACCUAGAUAUCAGAUACUGGGAGUAUUCCUUUUAAUUCAGCUAUGUAUUAUUGCUGCUGAAGGUCUUCGGCGCAGGAAUUUGUCUUCUAUUACAAAUUCAGUCCAUCAAACAACACUUAGGACACACCACUCAUCAGGAGGACGAGGAUUACCUGUUCUGAAUGAAGAAGGUAAUCUAAUCACUACUGAUUUGGAUUCUGACAAAGGUAGUUGGUCCUCUGACUCCAUGGCUGUUUCAGAGGCAACCAGUGGGAUGAGCAAAUGCACACUCUGCCUCAGUAGUCGUCAACACCCAACAGCCACACCUUGUGGUCAUGUCUUCUGUUGGAACUGCAUUAUGGAGUGGUGCAAUGAAAAGCCUGAAUGUCCUCUUUGCCGUACUCCAGUAACUCAUUCAAAUUUGAUUUGCAUUUAUCAUUCAGACUUUUGAUACUCCUCUGCUGAAGGCCCUGCAAUCUGUUGUCAGCGCCAAGUGCAACUAACAACAUUUAAUCAAGAAACUCAAUGAACUUAUAUGUUCAAGGCUGCAGAGUGAUUAAAAUUGAGUGAAUCAUAUAUUAGGAGUAAGGAGUACAAGUUACAACUUCAAUUUGAUCUUUGCAUCUUACAAAGCUUCUGUAAUAUGGUGACUGGUAUUCUGCUGCAGUGAUGUUGUAAAUGUAGGUCAUCAUGGAAGCAUGAGAUAUUCGUCAGAUGAAUAAGCAUCGGAUGUAAAUUCAUGGUGGGUUAUUAAAAGGCAUUAUUGUGCCA